AUCCUGGCUCUGCUGAACGUACAGCUCAAAAGCGGAAGUUUCCAAGUCCACCACACUCUUCUAAUGGUCAUUCCCCUGAAGAUUCAUCAACAAGCCCAAUUAAAAAGAAAAAGAAACCUGGCUUAUUGAACAGCAAUAAUAAAGAACAGUCAGAACUAAGACAUGGUCCGUUUUACUAUAUGAAGCAGCCACUCACCACAGAUCCUGUUGAUGUUGUACCGCAGGAUGGACGGAAUGAUUUCUAUUGCUGGGUUUGUCACCGGGAAGGCCAAGUCCUCUGCUGUGAACUCUGCCCUCGGGUUUAUCAUGCUAAGUGUCUGAAACUGACAGCGGAGCCAGAGGGGGAUUGGUUUUGCCCAGAAUGUGAGGUAUGA